GGUGGGCGGAGUUUGUACAUUUUAGACAGUUCCAUUGGUCUUUAAGUGAAAUCUCCACCUCAUCUUGCACAAACCAGUGAGAGGUUUGGUAAGGUAACAAAAGGUUUACAUCAUGCUCAUCUGGUAGCCACACGACCUUGCGCACGGAAUCCCUACUCUUUUUACAUUGGAGAAAGAUAUUUGAUUGGUAAACAUGCUGGCAGUCUUACUGAUUCGAUGAGAUCCAAUCGGGAUGAACCAAAUUGUGACUUCCGGGUUGAUGAGGGAAAAAAUAGUACAUAUAUAUGGGCAGAGUUGAGGGAGAGAAAGGGGGAUGUUUCAGCCUGUGUGCCUCGACAGAUCUGGUUUAGGUGGCUCCUCCUUACAAAGUGUGGAUUUUAUUUUGCUGCAAUUCUGAAAAUCUAUUACGAUGCAUUUUUAGCAGAUGGGAUCUUUGCUGUAUUUGUGCGGAUUCAUCAAAUAUCACCCAUGAUCAAUUGGAGCCUGGAGUAACGUUACGUUUUUGUCAAAUGGGAGGAGUGCCUGCCUUAAAUUCCGUACUACUCCCAUGAAGCUGACAGGAACCAUCAUACCACUGUGGGGACAGACACUUUUAAGCCGGCACCCUGCGGCAGACGGCCAUGCCAAGGUUGUUUUUGUGAGUAGCAACGAAUGUCCCAUGUUCCAUUAGUGUCUGUGUGAAAUGCUGGCCUGCCUGCCAGGGCCAGGUGACCUCUCCCUCCAGCUUCUUUCCCACACGCAGAUGAACACUGGACUUCAGAAAUGGGACACUACACAGAGGAUGAGAUCCGCUCAGUAUCCAACCCCUGCGGAAUUGGAUGCUUAUGCUAAGAAGAUUGCCAACAACCCCCUGACCAUCAAGAUCUUCCCCAACAGUGUCAAGGUCCCCCAGAGGAACCACGUGCGUCGCACAGUCAACGGGUUGGAUACUUCAGGCCAGCGCUACAGCCCCUACCCCCCCUCUCAGGCCAACGCCAAGGCCGGCCUCCUUGCCAUCGUCAAGGUGCCUGUCGUCAAGGGCAUCCUCAAAGACUUUGACGGCAGCCGGUCGCGCCUGCACCCCUCUGGGGUCAUCAUGAACCCCCCUGGUCCUCGGGGGCCCUUUACAGCAGCUGUCUCGGCCAGCACUUUAAACCUUCACCAACCCCCUUCCCAAGGCCAGGGCGGGUCCCAGUCUCAGCAGAGCCUGAACCCUCAACUUGCGUGCCAGACUCACCCACAGACUCUCCAACAGACCCACCCCCAGCAGCAGCAGGGCCUCAGACACCCACCCUGCAUGCCCCAACAGCAGCACCCGCAACAGGGGCUGCCCAGGCCCCAGACACUGUCCCACCCCCAAGCACUGGGCCAUCCCCAGCCUCCUUCUGGUCUCAACCUCUUGCUCCAACAGCAGCAGCAACAGCACCUUCAGCAGCAGGGGCAGCCACCUCCUGGACUGCAGGGUGGCCGGAAGCUGCCUGAUGCCGACGCACCGCCUAACGUUACAGUCUCUACCUCAACCAUUCCGCUCACCAUGGCUGCUGGCUUGAACCAGAGUCGCCAGCCAGACCUGAGCAGCAUCGUGCACCAGAUCAACCAGUUCUGCCAAGCCCGGGCCCAGGGGGCUGGAGCCACCUCCAUGUGUGAGGGCCAGAUUACCAACCCCAGCCCCAUCAGCCGCAACCUCUUCAACAAUGCCUGCUCCAGGGUGUCCAUGCACAGCAACCCGCACACCAACGCCUGCCCCCCCGGCCUGCCCCCACACCCCAACUGCAUCAUGUGUCCCGCAGACAAGGCUGCUGUCCCCGCUAACCCCCAAAACAACUUGGCUGCCAUGAACAGGAUGCAUGUUUACCACAAUGAUCUCAAACAGCAGCAGCACCAACAUAAUUUACAACAGCAGCACCAACAGCAUUUACAACAGCAACACCAACAGCAUUUACAACAGCAACACCAACGGCAUUUACAACAGCAGCAGCAUCAACAACAACAACAUAAUCACCAACAGCAGCAGCAGAUGCGCUGGAACCAACACCAGUUGGCUUAUCUACAGCACAUGCAGCAGGACGGUGGGGGCCACCCCUGCAAGCACCCUUCUCGAAUGGGCUACGCCCCGGAGCUGUGUGGGGGCCAUUCAUACAGCCUGAAGCCUCCUAUAGAGAAACCCACCCCCUCUCCUCCCAUCAACAACAACGGCAUGCCUGGGGGUCCACUGACCCACUACACUAAUGGUGGCCACUACUUCCAGCCACACGCUGUGUGGAACAGCAGCAUCCUGCCCACGCCCAACAGCGACAGCUCUGGGUCUCAGGACCUGGCCAUGCCGUUCCAUGGGGGGGCCUCAGGGGGCACCACCACGCUAGACUGCGGCGGGCCCCCUGGGGGAGGCCAAUACAGGUCCGGGGGCGGCGGCUCCACCUCCUCUUCCUCCUCCUCCAGCCAGACUAGUCUGAUGAAAACAGCAGAUUACUUGGGCGGGGACUUUCAGACGCCCUGCUUCCGAGAUCAGAAUCUUGGGCUGAUAGGCAAGAUGCAUAGGCCACCAAUGAACAGAGUGGGGCCCGAGGUUGGCCCAGGGGACGGCAGAACCACUCAGAUCCAGCACCCAGGGUACAGAUAAGAUAAGCUAUGGCCGGCAUUGUCUAUACAGCCGUUAUCAAAACCAAGAACCUUCUUCUUUUAGUCUUAAGAAUGGAAAAACAUGAAAUACAAUUAAAUUAAGUAAAAAUUAACACUGACAUUAAAAAAAGGACAAAUCUAUUUAAUAAAGAGCAGUGUUUUCUUUUUUUGUAGUCAAUCUUGCAAGUGAUCAAUUGAUUUUGUAAAUGAGUGCUUUCAGUAGGCACCCUCUAGGGAACGUUUCCUAUGUAUGUGAUUGUCGUCAUUCCCUACCUUUUUUCCCAUCCUACCUGUCUGUCAGUGUGCCUGGAUCUGAGGAUACAGAGUUAUUUUUACUUCAGAUCUGUCCUAAGAGUUUUUUUCUUUUAAGCAUAAAAGAUGUCUCCUGCAGACGCUGGAUGAAAAUGCACUGAUCGUUGAUGGAGGAAAGAAAACACGUUCUCAUAAGGAUCUUGAUGUUUUUGCAGGGUCGAGUGGGGAUUUCUCCGCUCCGACGAGUUUUAUUGGACUAGUGGCUAAUUUUCACUUAUUAUGUUUACAUGUGAAUCUCGUUGUGACAUCGAAAUUAAAAGCAUAUAUAUAUAUUUUCCUCUUGAAAUCACCACAGAGACGAGAUAAUUAGUGAAUGGUUCAGUGUGGAACUGUCAGUCACUGGACACUACAAAGUACAGACGGAGAGACUUGCCAUAUGCACAUGUACAAAGAGGCUUCUUUUUCUUUUAACGUAUUUAUUUAUUUGUGUAAUAGGACUGUUUUAUGAAUCAGGUCACCCACUGUUCAAGGUUGAUUCCUGUCUAUCAUCGAAGUAUCUAAUCUAAUCAGGUUGAUGUUUGUACAGAGUAUAGAUAUGUACUGUAUUGACAUCUAGAUCCUGCAGGGAGCAAUUUAAUGUGGGGACUGACUGGGGGAGCCAACCAACCGAUGCUCUCUUGCUCAAAAUGCUGCAAUGAAUUCAGGUGUCUGUUACAAUCCAUUUUGUCACCAUUGCCAAUUGAGGUUGGCAACAUGAUUGUGGAAUAACAUAUUUUUAUUUAAAUGGAGUGGGAAAAAAAUCUAAUCUGUUCAUUCUGUCUGAAUCCUGAAAUGGCCAAAGUCACAUAAUUGACAAGGAAAAACACCUUUUAAAAUAUGUGCCAUUUUAUGUUGGUUACAUUUUUUUCUAUAAUUUUGGUAAACCCGAAAACUAUUACUUGAAUUGUUGAGAUGCAAAGUUCUGUUUGGCAGUUGUUUAGUGAAGGGAGGGGGCUAGUUAUCAGGACUAAACCUUACUACUGGAGUGGAAGAAAUAUAAUUGUUACUAAUAUUAUAUUAGAAAGUAACAAUGAACCAAAAGCAGAGUUUUGAUCCCGAGUUUUUUAAAAUGUUUUAUUUAUCAUUAGAUUAAGUUAGGUCUAGUUGCUACUGAUUCUGAUAUGAAGUGUGCUUGAAGAGACCAAAUUGAUCACUUGCAAGAUCACUUGGAGUUAAACAAAGUUAAACAGCAAAUGCAUUGUUUAUUUUAUUGUACACUGGCUUACCUACUAUACUACUCUAACUUUAAAGUGUAGUGUGUGUGUGUCUGUGAGAAUGAUGCCUGCUGACGUGGGUUGAGUGUAAACGUGUGUUUUGUAUGUGCUAGUGUGUGUCUGUAUGUGAGAGUGGGUGGACACUGACAUCCACAUUCUGUUCACCUCCCUCCCAAACAGCCCUUAAAAAGCCUUAAGUAUUUGGUCCUUGGACUUUCCUUUGAAAACAAGCAUGGUUAUAAUGAAAAUCAAAAAUGAUGAUUGAAAGAUUGCAAGGAUACAUACAGAGGAACAGUAAUUUCUGUUAAACUUUUUUUUUUAUACCGUUUUUGUUUAAUAGAAAAAGCAAUUCCUUAGAUUCUUUUUUUUAAUGAAAACAAGAAAUGGAGUAAUAUUUUGUAAUUAUAUUUUAAAUCUAUGUGUAGUUACUGGGUUGUAACAAAAAAAAUCAAAGUUUCAAAGCUUCACUUGUGACUAUUUAUAAUACUUGAUUUUCUUGUUAUUUAAAUCUUAUUUUUCCUCUUUGUUCCUUUUACUAUUGCUGUGAAAUGGAAGAAGGCCCAAUAAGCCUUUCUUUUACGUAUCACUCUGGCUGUACGACAGAUAAGACGCAAAAGCGUGAGAGUUGUGCUACUCUUUUUGUAAUAUUGUAAUAAUUAAAUAAAGUUCUAAUUUAUGCUUUGAAA